AUGGCAUCAAACUACCAGCAAUUAGAAAAACUCGGAGAAGGGACAUAUGCUACAGUCCAUAAAGGGCGAAAUCGUACAACAGGAGAAAUUGUUGCUUUAAAAGAAAUAUUUGUAGAUGCAGAUGAAGGUACACCAUCAACGGCUAUCCGUGAAAUAUCACUUAUGAAGGAACUUAAACAUGAGAAUAUUGUUGGCUUAUGGGAUGUUAUUCAUACAGAAAACAAACUCAUGCUAGUAUUUGAAUAUAUGGAUAAAGAUUUGAAAAAAUAUAUGGAUUCACAUGGGAAUGGAGGAGCUUUAGACCCUAAUAUUACCAAAAGUUUUAUGUAUCAAUUACUUAAAGGAAUUGCAUUUUGUCAUGAUAAUCGUGUUCUUCAUCGAGACCUCAAACCACAAAAUCUUCUUAUUAAUAAACAAGGCCAACUAAAGCUUGCCGAUUUUGGACUUGCAAGAGCAUUUGGCAUACCUGUAAAUACAUUUUCAAAUGAAGUUGUAACACUGUGGUACAGAGCACCUGACGUUCUUCUUGGAUCUCGCACGUACUCAACUAGCAUUGAUAUAUGGUCUGCUGGAUGUAUUAUGGCUGAAAUGUAUACAGGCAGACCUUUAUUCCCAGGAAGUAAUAACGAUGAUCAAUUAUUAAAAAUAUUUCGUCUUAUGGGUACACCUAAUGAACAUACAUGGCCUGGGAUUAGUCAAUACCCAGAAUACCGGGCCAAUUAUCCAAUAUAUGAUGUACAAGAUCUUAGUCAGAUUCUUCCACAAAUGGAUCCUCUUGGAAUAGAUUUAUUAAAUAAGAUGCUACAAUUACAACCUAAUAUGCGAAUUUCCGCAUCAAAUGCACUCAAACAUGCAUGGUUUACAAAUGUACCGUAUCCAUCAUAUAAUAUUUAA